AUGGCCAAGGCAAAUCUGAAAUUGGUCUUGGGCUUCAUCCUCAUCGCGGUGGCCAGUUGCACGAAUAGGACCACCACCACGAAUAGGCCACGCCCCCCCUGCGUCCGCCCGCCCACGUGUUCGCUGCGCAGUCCGCGGGUCUGCGGUCGGUUCCCCAACGGCGAGUGCCAGCGCUUCGCGAACAUCUGCUCCCUGCUGGCCGCGGAUCGCCUGGUGAGCCCGGUCACCCACACCCCGGAGCUGGACUGUCGCGGGAUCCGCGGGGUGGGCAGCGCUCUCCGGCGACCGUGCUACCACCCCUGUCCAUCCCGCCCGGUGGUCUGCAGGAAGACGCCGCCGCGGGCGGAGAUAUGCGUCCGCUCCCGCAACCUGCAGAGCUGCAAGGUGCUGGCCAACAACUGCCAGCUGCUCAACCAGAACUGCCACUCCCGCCCCAGAAACAACUGGCACCGCACCGAUAGACGCCGCUGUGGAAGACGACAGGUGGGCGAUAAGCCAGACGUCUGCGAGAAGCUGCCCCCUCCCAACACUCCAGCAACAACAGGCAGGCCCACUAUAUAA